CUCAAAAUAAAUUUCUAUUCCUGGUGGUAUGAUCUUAUAUUCUUAAGAUAUAAAAGUGACUUUAAAUUGUUCAUACAUCAUACAUACAUUUUUCAUACAUAGUACUUCCUGGAAGAGCUGUUAAAGGACUGCAAUGAAACUGUUUACUUUGGUUGUGUUGACCGUUGCUACGUUUGCUGUUAAUUGUCGGCGUAGCAAUGUUAAAGAAAAGAAAGUUACAAUACCGUCCCUAUCAGAUAUCAUGACUAAGUUUAAACCAGAAUUUGAAACAAAAAAAAAAGCGUGUGAAAAAAAAAAGAAAUCUAAUGAGGUGCCAAGUGGUAAAAUUGAUUCGCCUCUUCAAGCAUACGGUUACCCUGACUUUGAUGAAAAUACCAAAAGUGUUACAGUAGAUCCUAAAGCCACUCUUAUCCUAUUCAACAAUGUGAAGCAACCAAUUCGAAUCGGUUCACGCGAUUACGUAAUAUCUGGUAAAGCUGAAGAACUUGUUGCAUUUUUUGAGUGUUUUGGAGAUUACGAUAUCAUCGGCUCUGAAUUAAAUUCAAAUGGUAGCUGGCCUAACAAUACAGGCCAAAUAAAGAUUGAGCUUCAAAAUGUUUAUCCCGGGGGUAGUAAUUUCAAGAACACUCUUUUUGAAACCAUGUUUGAUAUGGGUAUGGACGCUAUUCUAAACGCUAUUUUUCCAGCAAGUCCAGGAAAAAUUGCGAAAGCAUACGAAGUUGGCAAGCUUUUGAAACCCGUUGCGGAUUAUUUGCCGUCACAAUCUGAGUUUAUAACGAAAGCAAAAGAAAUUUUUAAGAAAACAAUAUCUGAAGAUGAAAAGAAAAAAGAGAUGCUAAAUUGGUUAAAGACGCAAGACAAUUCUACCAAGCAAAUAUGGAAAAAAGAGGAAAACGUGAAUAACAAAGAAAAGCUUUUGAUGUCUUUAGUCAUGUAUACCAAACCAGAAAAAACUGUACGUGCUACAUACAACACCGGAAUGUCUAAAAUUUCAAUGAAAGAAAUCGCAAAGAUUUUGAAAUCUUUUUUUAAGAUUUAAUGUAUAUAUGAUUUAAUUGAAAUAUGAGUUUUCUAUGAGA